AUGGCGGACGAGAAGGCUCAAGUUGCUGAUGAUGUGGAGACAGAAGAAGAGGAUAAUGUGGUAGAAGGGAAUGGUAAUCAUUUGGAAGAUAAUGGUAAUGAUGAAGAAGAGAAUGGAGGAGAUGAAAAGGAAGAAAAUGGAGAUAAAGAGGAAAUUCUUGGAAGUAGGUUGUUUAAUCAUAUUUUUAGUUUUUUAAUUUAAAUUCGUUAAAACAACACUUUUUAUGUGUUUUGGUAACGAAGUAAGAGCCAAACAAAAGCUUUUUAAUUCACAUGUAGCAUGUGAAUCUAAUUUUCAAAAUUAUUUUUUGCUUUUUGAUUUUUUUUGGAUUGGCUUUGAAGAAUCCACUCCCACUGAAAUCUCUCCUACGCCGUCCUCUUCUAGCGACAAGAAUAGAAACUAGCAAGAAGUUACAACAACAUAAAGCAGAAUGGUCUUGACUAAACUCAAAUCGAUUUUUAAGCUUGGUUUCACUCAAUUUUCUGUUAAAAGACUACAAAACGUUCUUGUAAAAAUGUUAGCGUUCUGUCGAAAAAAGCGUUAACAGGAAAUUUGAAAAAAAUUAUUUUUCUCAAAAAAAUUGAGUAAGUCGGUUUGAAUUUGCGUUUACUAAUGCAUUAUAAUCAGUCUUUUGCCGGACCGGUCCGGUCCGCGGACGGGUCCGGUCCGGUCCGGACCGAAACAGAAAUUUUUGCAGACCGGACCGGACCCAAAAACCUGCGGACCCGGACCGAAGAAAAAGCUCCGGACCGGUCCGGAAGAAAAUUUUUUUUUAUUUUAAGAAAACUGUUUUAAAAAUUGCAAAUAAAUCAUAUUUUUAGGAGUUUUUAAGCAAAAAGAAAGCAGUUUUAGCGCUCCUUGCUUUUUUUAAAAAUUAAAAAAAUUUUUUUUGCGGGCCGGACCGGACCCAAAAAUUUUGGGUUUGGACCGGUCCGGACUGGACCCAAAAAUUUGAAGUUUGGACCGGACCGGACCCAAAAAAUCGCCGGACCGGACCGGUGAAAAACGCUCCGGACCGGUCCGGACAAAACACUGAUUAUAAUGACUUUACCAACUUAAAAUAUAUCAAAACUGCCUGAUUUGAGACAGAACCCCAACGUUUUUGGUGGACGUUCGUAGGAUUUUAAAGUUUUAAAAAAACAUUUUAAAAUUUUCAAAAAUUAACUAUAUUGGCUUUGAUUUUAAGCAUCGUCAGAUAAGCACUUUUAUAAGAAAGUAGACGUUUAACAGUUUUAACAAUUUUUUUAUAAAAAACUUUUAAAAAAAAAUUUUUUAACUAAAAUCUAUUUUAAGAACUAGAAAAAAAUUAGUCUGGAUUCUUUGUAGCUAGUCAAAUAUUUACAACACAACAGAAAGAACGAAUGAACUAGCGUGUUAGACUGUUGUACUUUUGUGAUAUUUAAAAUUUAUAUAAGAAAAACGAUUUUUUGAUAAAUUUGACGUCAAAGGCAAAAAAAUCAAAAUUUUAUAAACCGUGCCGUAGGUAAAGCCGUAAAAAGGCCGGGCUGAACCCAAAUUUACGGUCCAGCUCCACGGGUUUGGUUUAGGUUUCAGCCUUGGCCCUACAUGUGCAGGCUCAGUUUGACCCCGAGCUAGGCCGAGUCUGGGUUGAGUUCAGUGAGCUUCCUUUCAGGUCUAGCCUUAUUGUUAGGGCAUCUUUGGUUGAGACAAAAAAAGUAAAGGAUUUCCAAAUAGAUUUCAAACCAAAAAGAUAUUGUACUUAAAAAUAUACUGUAACUUACCAUUCUUUUCUGUCAAACCCUAAAGUCAUAUGAAUCUAGAUUUCAACGACGAAGACGUACCCCACCCCGACCCUACUGGUGAACGACGAUGGGAACGUGCUGAAAGACGACGCUAA